AUGUCCACCCCGGCAAAGCGCACUCGCAUGCUCGCAGCUCACCUCGAGCACAGGAACGCUCACUCGCACCACCCGCAACCCAUCGCACACAAUGACAAGCCCGUCGUCGUCGAGGCACACAAUGCGAUGAGGAAGCUCGUCCUCAACCGCCCAAAGGCACUCAACUCGCUCAACGAAGAGAUGAUCGACCUCAUCCAGUCAAACCUCACUAAACUCGAAAAGAGCGAGCUGGCCAACGUGAUCCUCAUCAAGAGCAACGGCAAGCACUUUUGCGCAGGCGGAGACGUCGUCACCCUCUCCAAGUACCUGGAGGACGAGAAGACAUGGGUCAAGGCGAGCAGUUUCUUCGAGAAGGAGUACGAGACCAACCACUUCCUCGCGACGACUCCCAAGCCUGUCGUCGCCAUCAUGAACGGCGUCACCUUCGGCGGAGGAGUCGGCAUCACCGGCCACGGCGCGUUCCGCAUCGCGACCGAGACGACGCAGAUCGCCAUGCCCGAGACCAAGAUCGGCCUGUUCCCUGACGUCGGCGCCAACUUUAUCCUCCCGCGCCUCGACGGCCAACUGGGUCUCUACCUCGGCCUGACCUCGUUCCCCCUCAAAGGCGCCGCAACCUACCUCGCCGGUCUCGCGACGCACUACGUCCCUUCGGACCGGCUGGCAGACCUCGAACACCGACUGUCGGAACUGGACGUCACGGCGACGCACGAGACGGUCAAUGCGUGCAUCGAGGAAUUCGUUGCCGACUCGGACGAGUUGAGGACCGCGCUCGAGGCGUACCCGCUUGUUGGACCUGUCCGACGCGCGAUCGACGAGAUCUUUUCGCGCAAAAGCCCGGAGGAGAUGGUUAGUGAGUUGGCCAAGUUGUACGAGAAGGAGAGGCCGGACGACCCCGAGCCAGACGUCUCGCGGUUCACGCUCCAUCCGGACCGGGACGCGGAGGAUGCGAGCGAGGUGAGGCGUUGGGCGAAGGAGACGCGCGAAGCGAUCGAGUUGCGCAGUCCGACCAGCGUCAAACUCACCGUCCAAGCGAUCCGUCAAGGGAGGAACUUGACUAUCGACGACGUGUUCAAGAUGGACGCGCGAAUCGCCGCCGCGUGUUGUUCGCCCGCCGUACACCCCGAUUUCCGACACGGCGUCACCGAGCUCCUCAUCAAGAAGAACAAGCCCGAAGUCCAGCGACCGGAGUGGCAGCCCGCGACGUUGAGCCAAGUGACGGACGACCACAUCCAAAAGACGUUCUUUGCCCACCCUCCGCCCUUCACCAACCCUCCCUUGCCGAAACUCAACCUCUCGCGUAUGCAGCGCGCGCAGGGCGCGUACCCGACUUACCGCGUCUCGCCUCAUGCGAAGUGGUUGUUGCCGACCGAGCGGGACGUGGAGAAGGUCGUCAAGGGCGAGGAUGCGGGGAGCGACGAGUAUGCGGUCACGAGGCAGGAGGUCGUCGAGAGACUUGUUGCGAGGUGGAGGGGUAAAGUUGGAGUGGCCGAGAAGGUCGAGGAGGUGUUGAGUCGCAAGACGGUCGUCGCUGAGCAGGACACGCUCAAGUGGGUGUCGUAG